UUGGAAGCCACAUCGCAUCCCACUGGCCCCUGGACUGUGGUGUCCGGCAGUGUCCAGGAGUCAUGGGGGACCUGGAUCCCUCGUGGCGGCUCCCGAUCCUUCUCCUCCUGACUGUGGCUGGUCUCAGUCCUGUCCAGGCUCAGAAUGAAUGCAACUGCUCCCCAGUGAGCGGCGGCGUGCUGGCGGGGAUCGUGCUGGGGGACCUGGUGCUGACCCUGCUCAUCGCCCUGGCCGUGUACUCACUAGGUCGGCUUGUCCCUCGGGGACGAGGAACUGCAGCAGGGACCCAGAAACAGCACAUCACUGAGAUGGAGUCACCUUAUCAGGAGCUCCAGGGUCAGAGGUCAGAUGUCUACAGUGACCUCAACACACAGAGGCAGUAUUACAAAUGAGCCUAGUCAACGACCCAUAUCUGGAUCCAGUCACCUCUGUUGCCCACCCAGCUCAUCAUUCCUACUCCUACUAGGAAACAGUUCCAUGGAGAGUCCUCCCUGGGAUUUUAGACCUCUCCCCACUAACGUUCCCAAAUAAACAAUA